AUUCCAGUUUUCCUGUUUUUUCUUUCUUGGCUAUUGAAAGUUCAGGGGAAAAGUCUGGACCCGGAAAAGGAAGCUGACCCUGUGUGACACUGGACAAAGGCAGGAAUAAUCAUUAAUUCUCCUAAACUUGGCUUGGUUGGUCCUCAUCUAAAUGCAUUUUAAAGCAGUUUAGAGACGAUGGGGCACUCCAGCAAAUGCCCUGAUCUGACAACGCGAUGGAACAAGAAAACUUCAAAAUGUGUUUCGUGUGCUCUGAGAGCAGGACAUGAAGUCACACCUAACUGUGGAUAUGAUGAUUUUGGAGGGCGACAUGUUACCCCCACAGUACCGUGUAAACCCGGUACUUUUAAUGAAGGCAAAAAGGCAUAUUGUGAAACUUGCGCAUCGUGCCCACCCGGUUAUAGCACUUCUACUCCAUGCAACUCAACUACUGACACAAAGUGCACAGAAACAAGUAACGGGACGACUGAAGUUCCUGUCAAAGAAACCAGAACGACUCAGCCACCUUCAACAUCUUUUGUCAAUGCAUCAACGAUUGAGACAAACCAAGCAACCAGUUUAUCAACAAAUGUCCCAGGAACAACGGAAAUCCACCCUCAAAUUCCAACUAGUCAUGUUGCACUAUGGACAGUACCUAUCCUCAUGAUUAUUGUGCUUGCAUUGCUUUCUGUUUGGUUCUUUUGCCUGAAGCGAAAAAGAGGUCAGAACACAGUGUUGAGAUACAGCAGAAGACCAUCAUACGUCAACGCAGGCUUCUCUCCCAUUUCCCAGCUACCUUCUUACAGUGAUCUGGAGGAUGGUCCAAGUCCUGCCGUCCUGUCAGCACCAUUACAGACAGUUUUGGACAACCUGGAUGUUUUGGAAGAGCUGAUGAUUUUGUUGGAUCCCGAAAGCCACGGAGUGAAAAACACCAAACAUCUGGCAUCCCUUCUCUCCUUCCCCUCCACUUGGAUCACCUACACUUACUCAAUGAAGGACAGUAAGAGCCCUCUGAAGGCCGUGUUGGAGGGGGUCACCAGCAGGCACCCCGACUGGACGGUGGGGCACCUGACUAAGUUGCUCAGACAGAUGGACCGCAACGACACCAUUGCUGUCCUCGCCAAAAUCAGACCUUGUGAGAUGGCUGUUUAGCAUUCCUCCAACCUUCAAAUACUUCGAUCGCAGAACAGAUCUAGCAGCACCACGGAGACCAGAUGGGGCACUGGUUUGUGAAGGAAAAGUAAAACAAUUAUUUAGAAAGACAGCAGAUAAUCCACCAGAUAACUUUCAAGCUAACAUUUAUGCUUUGAUAGUGUAAUAAGAUAUAAUAUGAGGACUACUUUUUCAUGCAGUCCCUUUUGCUAACUUUCAAUACAGUAGGCAAAUUAUUUUUCAGAAGUGUAGUCAUAAAACAAUAUUUGACAGUUUUCAAACAUGAUAAUGUAAGACUAUUUAAAAACUGAUCAUAAAAAAAGCAGCGGAGGCCUGACAUGUCGAUAGAGAAAGAUACCUGCUGCUGAUUUAGGGGAGACAUAGGCAGCCACACCACAGGCGCAUCAGGUCACUAGCUACAGAGGCCACUUUGCAACCUCAGUGCUUCUGCGCUGAAGGUUAUAAAGCCAUUUACUCAUUGAACUACAGCCAGCUACUUUCUAAAACUGGUUUUAAUAAAGCAUUUCAAACAACAACUUAUGACCUGCUUAUCCUGAACAUUCUAGAAGCACUCACUUGUUAUGUAAUAAGAACAUAAGUGUAUGUAUAUAAUAGAAAAGCAGUAUUCAAAUAUACCAGAAGCCACCGAAUUGGGCUUUUAUGGUAUUUUCUCAGAGGUUGGUGGUAGAUCUUGGUCUUCCUGGCUAAAUACCUCAUGUUUGUGGUAAGCCCUGAAAGACAGUGUUUGAAACUGACCUGAACUGAGACCGAAAGUCAGGGUGUCCCUAAUUUCCUUUAGAUUUGUCUUCUUGUGAGCCCUGGUGGCUGAUUCAACAUGACUUUUUUGUGUUGUCAGCAUUCAUACAAGCAAUGUCUAUGACAGGAAAAUAUAUAGCCACCUGUAUGCAGCUUCUUUUUUUUGCACUCAAAUGGUUUAUAAACACAAAGAGAUGAAGUGAUAUUAUUUUUCUAAAUGUGAAUCACUCCUUUCCUUUUUUCUGUCAUUAAAUCCAUGGCUGCAGGAGCCCUGAGAAGACAUGCAUCCAUUUACUUUGUUUCACGAUGACAAGUUACUGUCUAUCGUUUUCUUGAAAUCUGAACUUAACAUAACUGAAACAUAAAAAAAGGUUAAACUAAGGACUACCUCAUUAAUGUGGUCAACAGCAGCGUAGCAGCAGGGUUUGGCCUUUCACAGCAACCAGCCUUAUGUUUUGUUUACUAGAUCCCCAGAUAAUGAUACCAUUAUCAGGAGAGAUCAGGCUUUGUUAUAACAAGAUGAGGCAACUGUAUCUGUUAAAGUGGGAAAAACUGCUUAAUUCUGCUGAGAAUAAAAGGAAAAAAAUGUUAAAUAUUGAGAAAACAACCAGAAUUGACUCGUUAUCACGGAACAAGAGUAAAUUAAAUAUUUGGAUGCAUGUCCACAUAAGGCCCUUGUACAUGACAGCUCUUAGAUUUAUUCAUAUCCUUUUCUUUUUUUUUUACAACAUGUGUAUCAACUGUUUGACAUUAUAAAUGUACAUGAUAUAUUGAAUAUUACACAAAAAAAUCACUUCUAAAAGCCUGAUGUUUUUU